AAACUACAUUUCCCGCGGCGCCUUGCGGUCAACGGGUCGGAUCGGAUUGUAUCCACAUCAAAUAGCCAAAAAAUUGAAACCUUUACAAGACGCAUAUUGAGUUUGUAUAUUUGUCCAUCCCUACAAAAUGGACAUUUCAGGAAAAGAGAACGAAGCCAUUCAUCUUAUGGCUGAAGCUGACAAGAAAGUGAAAUCCUCUCAUUCCUUUCUGGGGGGUAUGUUUGGAGGAAACUCUAAAAUUGAAGAAGCUUGUGAUAUGUAUGCCAGAGCAGCUAACAUGUUCAAGAUGGCUAAGAACUGGAAUGGUGCAGGAAAUGCCUUCUGUCAGGCUGCCAAGCUGCAUAUGCAGCUCCAGAGCAAACAUGACGCUGCCACCAGCUUUGUAGAUGCUGGCAAUGCUUACAAGAAGGCUGAUCCUCAAGAGGCUAUCAGCUGCCUAAAUGCAGCCAUCGAUAUAUACACAGAUAUGGGAAGAUUCACUAUUGCAGCUAAACAUCAUAUCACGAUUGCUGAGGUCUAUGAGUCUGAGCUGGUGGAUAUUGAAAAGGCGAUUGCACACUAUGAACAGGCAGCAGAUUAUUACAAAGGAGAAGAGUCUAAUAGUUCUGCUAAUAAGUGUCUGCUUAAGGUGGCUUCAUACAGUGCACAACUCGAGCAGUAUCAGAAGGCAGUUGAAAUCUAUGAACAGGUUGGCACUAAUACCAUGGACAACCCUUUACUGAAAUACAGUGCAAAAGAAUACUUCUUUAAGGCUGCAUUGUGUCAUUUUAUUGUCGAUGAAUUAAAUGCAAAGCUUGCAGUUGAGAAAUAUGAGGAAAUGUUUCCAGCAUUUUCCGAUUCAAGAGAAUGUAAGCUGUUGAAGAAACUUCUUGAAGCACACGAAGAGCAGAACAGUGAAGCUUUCACAGAAGCAGUGAAAGAAUUUGACUCUGUCUCUCGCUUGGAUCAGUGGCUGACUACUAUGCUGCUUCGUAUCAAGAAGACCAUCCAGGGAGAUGCAGGGGACCUCAAGUGAGAAGCUGGGAGAGCCUGUGGCAUGCCACCACCUUUUAAUUCCUAUUUCUUUGUGCAGUGGCCUGUGAAUAAUUCGGAGUUCACAAUAUUUUCAGUACUCAUCUGCAAUUAUAGUAAAUCCGUUGCAUUUUAAUCUUUAUUUUCAACAGAAAUACAUAGUCCGAAAAAAGUCCAAAUCCCUGUUAUGUAACUAGUUUCGUCUCGUUUUUCUUUUCUUCAGUGGGAUACAUUUAACUUACCUUUACAUUUUAGGGUAGUGUAAAAUGUUUUACAAUAAUUAAAACAAAGGACAUUCCAAAAAUAAACUUAAAAAUGUUGGGAGGCUUUUCACUUCUCAUAUAACUACUGGUGUUAUUAUAUGGUACUAGUGCAAGUCUUGCGUGAUGUACAGUUGUAAUUAUUUGAUAGCUGGAGUGGGAAUAAUCAGUAUAUUUUAUAUUUUAAUAUAUAUUUAAAAUGAAGAACACAGGUUUUGUCUUUAUGUUGAACAAAGCACUGUAGAUAAGGGAAGUUGAUUUUUACUUUUCACUUUAGAAUUGUUUAGUAUGGUCUAUUUGUAGUUUCAUUUGAAAGGAUGAAAAACAAGGAAUUUAGAAAGUUAUAAGCAACAACAGUACCUUUGACUUAAAUGUGAUCGGAGAAUCCUAAAAUUGCAUGCUCUUCACGCAAUGUUGGUUCCUAUUGUUUUCAGUGCAAACAUUUCACUGUUGUAUCAUUGUUAUAAAAGAAAAGUUAUCAUUUUGUGGUAUUUGUAGUAAGAAGAAAUGAUGUGGAUCAGUAAAGCUGGCUUUCAACAGCAAGUACAACUGUAACUCAUGACUGGUCAUUAUUAUUUUUAGUGAAAGCAUAAUAAUGCAGCUUUGAGUGCAAACGUAUAUAAAUGCCAGAGUCAUGGUAUCAAUGUUUUUGCAAGAACAACUACAUUUUAAAACCAACUCACACUCUGUGAUAUGUCCAAGAAUAUAAAUAUUUUUGGGCGUAUGAUAUUCAUGAACAUCUAAAAUCUGGUGUAAAACAAAAUAUUUUACUGAAAAUUCAGGACAUUAGAUUACUGAUUCAGUAGUUUGUAAAGGUAACUGUAUAACGCACUCAUUGCUAAAGCAUUGAGAAGCACAGAAUGUUACCAGAAAAAAAAAUUGCCAAGUUGAAAAAUCAGUUUAAAUGGUUAAAAUCUUAAGAAAUACUUAAGAUUCAUUGUAAGAAGUGACAUAGUACUAUGAGACAAUAGUACUAGAAAAGGAUGUUAAUGUCCUGUGUCAAGCAAUUUAAUAUUUUUUUUUCAUAAAGUAUACCCUAAACAAAAGUUAAGUUUUAGUACUGGGUGUAUGGGUUUUAGUGGACACAUUCCGGAAUGUUUCUUCUCUAUGGGUAGAUGAGAGUUGAUCUAUUUGUUUACUAGUCUCCACAGUUGAAAUGUUAAACCUGGUGUUUCUUCCCACUGUGAUAUUCUUAUUUUGAUUAUUACAGUAUGUAUUUCUACCACAUGAGAUUUGUUUUCUGGUGAUAGAUGUUACAUAUUUAUGGGUCUUUUGUUUACUGUGAAGAGCAAUGAUUUUUUAUUUUGCUUCUGCUUAGUGAUUUGCAAUUCUGUUACUGAAAUUAUAAAGUAUUUUUGCACAGAUGUGAAAGAAAAUGCAUACAAAUCCCUUUUGGUGUUGUCGGUGCAAAGGAAUUAAUGUCAACUAUAACCUGUUUAAUGUACUUAAUGUCUUAAUGUGUUGUGGAUUAAUGUGUUAUCUGUUAUAGAGAGCAACCCAGUGUUUUACCUUUAAAUGUAUAGCAUGUUGUCACUAUGUGUAGUGCAAAAUGUUGUGAAGUGAAACAAAAGCUGUUAUAAAGAAAUCAAUGAAAAGAGACAAUCUACCUGCCUAUCAGUUUGUUGUUACCUGUUAUGUAAUUGAAACAUGUAAACUAAGUGGCUGGUCUCUUCUGUAUCUAUUAUUCAAUGUCAGUUUAUUCUGAACUGUACAAUAAUAAAAUUAGAUCAACACUG